AUGCUUUUAAACUUCUUGCUCUUUGAAGCUCUUAAAUUUGGUAAUAAUGAAUAUACUAUUACCGAAACUACAACAUUCACAUUUAAUAUGUCAAUAACAAUACUCCCAAGUAAUAAACAAGACUUUGUUUUCAAAACAUCCAAAGAUAGACUCUUAAAUCAAUUUCCGCAAAAUAUUUCAGCAUCAGAUAACCUAGUUAUUACUCCAGUUGAUCCCUCUAAAGAGACUAAACUUGUAAUUUCUGUAGCACCUGCAUUUACCGAUUGUAGUGAAACAAUAUAUAUUACUGAAGGAUAUAUCUUAUCACCUUUCGAUUCAUUUGCAUUAAAUGAAAAACGCUGCAUUGUAUUUUUCUCUCCAAAUCAACUCUCACUUUUCAAAUUCGAUGAUGAUUAUCAAUCUAAUUCAUUUGAAUACAACUACAUGUCUGAUUCUCGUCUCACAGAAGGCCCUUUAUAUGGCUAUGGUUUAACAUCUUGUCAAACAAUUACAAUUUCAAUUAAAAGAAAAGGAAAUGAAAAUGUACCUCGAUUUUAUAUGAUUGAUGUAAAUAGGAAUUUCUAUGGUGAUUUUGAAACAACUUUUACUAAUGAAAUUAAGAUUAACAUACCAGGAAGUUCCAUUUUUGUUGCAAAGAAUAUUGAUGGUUUUAAUUUUGAUUCUGCCCUAAUGAAAUUUUUUACAAUGAUGGUGGAUUCAGCGCACUAA